AUGGCAAUGCGUAUGUUGUCCACCGCGCCAAUGAUUACGUCCACACUGACAAGAUCAAAGGGAGCCGUCCGCAACAACGUCAUCGAGUGGUCACAGGAUCCCAAUGUCAUCCCCGCUCUCCUCGCCCCUGCCGCUCCAAAGGUUGGCGUCCUUGAGAUCAAAGCGAAGCAGUUACCGGAGCUCACUCUACCUCGGCCUUCGCGCUCUGAAGUGGCUAAUGGCGCUGCCAAUGCGGACUGGUUUCCACAAUACAAGCGGAUCGCCAAUAUGCCGGAACUGCCGACCCCGCCACCAUACAGGCGCCAGCGCAGCGCCUACUGGGCGCUACCGGUCAUUAUGAGAAUACUUUGCCUCCGUCGGGACAUGGGGGACCCCGUCGACGGCCCCCGUGCCCUGCGUCAGAAGGAGCAAAGGGCAAUCAAGAAAAAGAAAGCGAAUAAGAUGAAGGUCAGGGAGAUGGAUUCAUCCAACAGCAAGAGCAACAGCACCAACAACAGAAGCACCAGCAACAAUGACAAGAAUCGUGAAGUCAUUAUCAGCAAAGGGGGGUGCUUCCAAAUGGAAGCACCGCGUGUUAACCACCCCCAUGCCCUGCGCCAGAAGGACAAGAGGGCCAUCAAAAAGAAGAAGAAAGCAAAGAUGGAUUCAUCCAUCAAGAAGCUGCGGGUCGAGGUUGAUCGGCUGGAGAAGACCGUUCUGGCCGAAAGGGCUGUUCAUCGGGACGAGAUCCCCCAUGUGCAUGAAGUCCAUUGA